AGAUUUGGAUCGAUAACUAUUGAAAACAAAAAUCAAUCGCGACGAUGUUCUCGGCGGCGUUGCUCUUCCUUUUGCUGAUACACGGCGCCCACUGCGUCGUCCCCGAGAUAGAUGGAGGGAGGAAGAUGGCGUUAAGUCCUCAUUGUGUUUCAAACCCACCAACAUUAGACCCUGCAAGUGGAGCUGGUCAUGUCGAGAAACUUGCUGACUUCAACACUUAUGUCUCUGGCUCUCUUGAGUCCAAGCUUGCUGUUCUUCUUGCAUCUGAUGUUUACGGAUAUGAGACUCCAAAUUUGAGAAAAAUCGCAGACAAGGUCGCAGCAGCUGGAUUCUAUGCGGUGGUUCCUGACUUCUUUUAUGGAGAACCCUUUAAUCCUAAUAGAACUGAUAGACCUAAAGAUGCUUGGCUAAAGGAUCAUUCACCGGAAAAAGGCUUUAAGGAUGCAAAACUAAUGGUUCAAGCUUUGAAAAGUAAAGGUGUUUCGAAAAUUGGAGCUGCUGGAUUCUGUUGGGGUGCUAAAGCUGUGAUUGAACUAGCAAAGAUUGCCGAUGUCCAAGCAGCUGUGAUCUUACAUCCUUCAUUUGUGACUGUGGAUGAUAUCAAGGGUGUGAAGGUGCCCCUUGCAAUAUUGUCAGCUGAACUAGACAAGAAAUACCCUCCUGAACUUUUAAAACAGUUCGAUGAGAUCUUACAAUUGAAUAAGGUGGAUAGAUUUGUGAAGAUGUUUCCUAAAUGUUCCCAUGGAUGGACUCUCCGAUACAAUGUCAGUGAUCCGGCAGCGGUGUCGCGGGCCGACGAAGCUCAUCAAGAUAUGCUGAAUUGGUUCACCAAGCACAUUAAGUGAGAAACUUGUGUGAUAAUGACGGAGUUCAUGUUUCUGAUCUAGAAUUAUGUUUACGUUGUAGUCUUGUUUCCGUAGAAUAAGUGCGAGUUCUAAUGCAUCGUGACGGAAUACUAUUCUUAUCGUAGCGAUCCUUGACGACA